AUGAAUAUAUUAAUAUUAUUGAUUUUAUAGCCAUGUCUUAUGAUAUAAUUGUUGGAUGGAAUAAUGAUAGUGGAAUAUCAAUUUGUUGACUAUAACAAUAUUUAAUUUACUUUAACUUGCAAAACAUAAUUCUGGUGUUUAAUUGGAUUUGGUUCCACAUAUUCAAAUGCUGAUAUCAUAAGAAUGUCUAAUGUUAAUGGACUUUUAAAAAUUGAAGAUACUCUAGAGUAAAAUAAGAUUUCUUUUACUUCUCCUAAUGUAGAUGCUUAGCAAGACAUAUAUAUUUUAGAUGGGUUAAUAAAUGAUACAUAUUUAUAUUCUUCAUUUUUAAAAUCCACAAACUCAGACGAUCCUACAGAUGAAUUAAUAGAUCCAUAUUCUAAUGUUGAGAUGUUUUAUGCCAUAAAUGAGAAAAAUAUAGAUUUUGAUACUUAUACCUAAUAUGGUAGAUUCUAACUUCAAACUUACUAAUGUCAUUAUACAUGUGCUACAUGUAAUGGACCAUUUGCUUAUUAAUGCACUAUGUGUAAUGAAAAAAGCAUAUAAGUUCUGAAUGGUUAUUGCAAUACUAAUAAUUACAAUAAUGUAACUAAAUUGCUAAAUAAAUAAAUCUUAAUAAAGGAUGAGUUUAAUUUAGAGUGGGAAUAUGAUAAAAAUGAUAAUAUUAUUUUAUAAAUAGAGAUAUCCUUAUGUGAUUGGUUUGGAUUGGGUUUUAAUAAUGAUAAGUAAGUGUUAUAUUUUAAUAUAGAAUGGAAAAUACUGAUAUGCUUCUUAUUAAAAUAGAAACAGUUACUAUAAAUAAUGAAAAAGGAUAUUAUGUAUAAAUUGAUGAUAUGUUUGGAACCAAAAAUACAGCCCCAUUAUCAGAUACUCAAUUAUAUGGAACAUAAGAUUGGAUUUUAGAUGGCUUUGUGUAUAAUAAUUCUACAGAAUUAUUUGUCAUUAGAGUUCAUCGAGAAUUGGUGACUUCUGAUAAAUAUGAUUUUGAUUUUUCAUAAAAAAAAGACACCUUAUGUAUUUAUGCAUUUGGUCGAAAUGGAUAAUAAUACCAUAGUGCUAAUAGAGGUGCCUUUCAAUUUGAAUUGUCUAAGAAUAAACAAUCCUAUUAAGAAGAUUAUUGGGACAAAUUAGUUCUUAAUGGACAUGUUAUACUCAUGUUAUUAUUUUGGUCAUUUAUUUCUGAUAUUGGCAUAUUUUAUGGAAGGCAAUUGAAAAGUUAUCCAAAGUAUGUUCGAGUUCAUGGAAUGAUAUUUCUAUUUUUAUCUAUAGUAACCUACUUUUUUGUAUUUGGGAUGAUCUCAUAAUAAUAAAAAAGAAUAUAAUAAUUAUAGACAAUAUAAUAUAAUAAAUUUUAGUUGUUUAUUUAUUUUAAUAAUUUAAUUAAAUAAUAAUUAAAUGAACCUAUAGGAUAUCAAGAUACUAAAAUAAUUCUACACUUUAUUCUUGGAGUUGUUAUUUUAUUAAUAAUGACAACACAAAUAUUUUUAGGGUUACUUGCUAGAAAUAAUUUAGAAUCUAAUAAUGGAACAUAUUUAAUUUAUAAAGUGAAAUACAUUCAUAAAUAUCUUGGUUAUUUAUUGUAUAUAAUUACAAAAGUAUAAGUAGUAAUUGGAAUUAGUAUAUAUGAUUCAGCAUAUAUUGGACUAUUCAUAAUCUAUUAUGUAUUAUUGUUUUUAAUAAAAUUCACCAUAGAAAUGCUUUAUUAUUAUUAAGUAUCUGCAAUAUCACGAAAGAGAAUUAAAUACAGUUAAAUUGAAUAAGAUUAACAAACUCUUUAUGAGAGUAUAAUUGAAAAACUGAAUACUGGUACUCCAUAUUAAGAAAUGAUUGAAGAUUAUCCUAAAAUUACUUACAUAAUUCUAAGAGAAGCAGUUUAUGAUGUCAGUGAUUUUAAUCAUCCAGGUGGAUAAUAUAUCUUUAGGAAGAUCAAAGGUCGAGAAGUUGGACGUUAUUUCUAUGGAUCAUAUCCAAUUAAAGAUACUUAAUUACAUAAACACUCUCUUUUUGCAAUUAAUUAUAUAGAAACUCGUUAUUUAGGUGAUUUUAGAAAUGAAUCAUGUCCAAUACUCUACACAGUCACAGAUUUUAAGAAACCAUCUCAUGUUUGGACACUAUAAGAAAUUAAAUCUAUGGGAACUAAUGUGUCUCUCUUUAAAUUCAUUAAUUAAGAUUUUAAAGUAAAUUAAACAAUAUAAGGAGUAUAAUGGUUUGGUAGAUAUUUUUAUAUUAAACCUUAUGGCAUAGGAAUAGAUUUCUAAGAGAGACCUUAUACAGUAGUUUCAUGUUUAAGUGAAAUGAAUAUCAAAUAUAGGUAUGAAUUAAUAGAGUAUUUCAAAUAAAAGGAUUGGACUAAACCAUUGCCUUAACAGCCACAAUUAUCAAAUAUUUUAUAAUUUGUGAUUAAAAAAUAUAAUGGAUAAAAAAACUUAAGCAAAUUCAUUCAUACUGCUUCUCAUAAAAGAUUUGAAAUUACAGGACCUUAUGGUUUUGGAUUAGAAUUGGAUGAUCAUAGUUCUGGAGUGCAUUAUAUAUUUUGUUAAGGUACUGGUGUUUUGCCAUUUCUGGAUCUUUGUGAUUAUCUCCUUAGAAAAGCCAUAUUUUCAAUUAUGUAUUAAGAUGGAUUACCAAUUCAAUAAUAAUAUAAUUAAUUAGAUAAAUUUAAAUUAAUAUUGAAUGUAUCAUCAAAAACUUAAAUUUUGGGUUAUCCUAUAUUACAAGAUUUAGAAUAUUUAAAUAACUAAUUCAACUUAAAUUUAUUCGAAUUCAAUAUAAUAAAAUAGCAUUAUACUAAAAGAGAUUUGUAAGAUAGAUUAAAAUAUCAGGCUGCAAAAGUAUAUGUAUGUGGAUUCCAAUAAUUUGAAGAUGAUUUAAUAGAAUUGUUAUAACAAUGUGGAGUAGAUUCUAGAAAUAUAGUAUAAAUAUGA